UCAUAAAGUCGCGAGGCUAACACAGGCUACCAUACUGUAUUUUUGUGUGACUUGCGAAAUGGAGAUCUGAGCUUGUUGGACUUAACAAGCCUCUUGUUCAUCAGAGGAACAAAACAUCUACGCGCGGGCCGACUUUAAACACAAUACGCCCGUUUGCUAAUUUAAGCAAAACUCUUCGUAAAAAGAUGAGUCAUGGACACACUGUCCAGGAUGUGAAUUGAAACCACUUGUGUCUCCUCUCUCUACGCACGCCAGCGUUAUUGCACCACUGACCAUGAAUCACGAAGAUGAGUUUGUUGCUGUGCGGGUUCAAGACCCCCGGGUGCAGAACGAAGGCUUGUGGAAUUCGUACGUGGAUUACAAGAUCUUCCUCCACACUAACAGUAAGGCAUUCACGGCCAAGACGUCGUGUGUGCGGCGACGCUACAGCGAGUUUGCGUGGCUUAAGAAGAGGCUGCAGAAGUAUGCCGGCUUGGUGCCAGUUCCAGACCUUCCUGGAAAGUCCUUCUUCUCCUUCAGCAAUGAGGACUUCCUGGAGCGGAGGCGUCACGGACUUCAAGUCUUCCUGGACAAGGUGGUGAACAUGACUGUGUGUUUAUCGGACAGCCAGCUUCACCUGUUUCUGCAGACACAACUGCCCGUGGGCCAUAUCCUGGACUGCGUGCAAGGUCACACGCCCUACUCUGUGACAGACGCCAUUCUGACCUAUGCCUCAUCCAAUCGGGGCUGGGCUCAGGCUCAGGAGGAGGACGCUGUUGCCAAGGAGCCAAGUCUCACUGUGUCUUACGAGUCCAUGGAGAGCCCGGGACCUCAUCAGCCUCGCCCUAACAAAAACUGUGAUAGCCCGAUGCUCUUCUCAUCCGGCGACGACGACGACAUAUUUGAACCUCGGGACUUGAGCGUCCAGGACAAAGCCACGCCAGCCAUCUUCUACUUGGGGGACGGCCAGGAUGAGCUGACGCUGACUAAAGACGCUGAGCCGGGGAGUAGCUGCGAGCCAGGGAGUAGUUGCAUUGAAACCCUCCUGGAGGUCCACUCUCCUGGCAUUGAGGAGGAAGCUCGGUUGGGGGUCCUGGUUAGCAAUUCCGAUGUGGAGGAGGAGCUUCCGCCUGAGGCGGUCGGAUCCAGACAGGAAGCGGUUAGCGAGGAGCUCUCGUCGUCCAACGAGAGCAUCGUACAAGUCACCGAUGAAGAGGACGAGGUUAACCACGAGCAUUUGUUACCAAACGCCUUUCCCAAGAUCUCUCCUGAAGAUGACGAUCGAUGGCCGCAGGUGUCCGACGGGACCGUCGUGGACCUCCAAGUGAAUGGUCGCGAUGACCAGGAGCUGAGUAACUCUUUGGAUGUUAGUUUUCCUGAGAACGACUUUAGUGUGCUGGGGUGCAGCUCCGCUCCAGACGUAGCUCACGGAAAACACUCCCAGUUGGAAGACUGAAGAUUUUUUUUUUAAAACCUAAAAAUGUAUAAAUGCUUGAUGGCAAGUUUCCUCAGUUCUUGCUUAUAAGCCUAAUACUAAUAAAUAUUUUUGAAAAAUUAUACGGUUUAGAAAUACAUCUAUGCCAUGCCCCUCAUUUCUGAAUGUCAUGUCUCGCUUGGGACCGCAGAGGGCGCUAAAGUUCUCUGGAAGCUUUUAGCUGUGCACCAAAUUAAGCAAUUCAUUCAUUUUUGGCCCUUACAAAAAAUUGACUGGUCUGUUAGCUCAUCAUAUUUGGACAAAUAAGCUUUUACAUUCACACUGAAGGGCAAUUUAUACUUGUCACUUAAUCUAAUGUGCAUGAUUUUGUUAUGUGGGAGAAAGCCAGAGAAAAUCAAUGCAAGUACAGGGAACCCAAAAUUCACACCUAAGCUGUGCAGUUUAACUUCCACAUGUAGUCAAUUUUAUUGCAGCCACUCAAAUAUAAUUUUUGUCAUGUUUAAAAAGGGACAGUUCUAAUCUCUCAUGCAUCAAAAAAUGGAUUUCAAUUAGUCUUAAAUAUUUUGCUGAAAUGUUAAUCAGGGAGAUUCUCUGAUAUUUUAUUUCCCAAUGCACAGUUUUAUUUUUAUUUUAUUAAGUCCGCUGUCAAUGUGAUCAACACAAAUAAACACUUUUUGCUGUUUGAA